UUAAAAGAAAAACUCGAAUAUUUCCCAAUACCAUCUCUACGCCGUUGAUUAUAUGUUACUCUGUUCCGCGACGUAGAUGAUAGAAACUGAAUCGAAAAGGCGACAACAUGUGAAUAACCGCUCGACAUUGUCAUUUGAGAACCACAGAAAAAAGAAAAAACGGUUCUCUCUUCACCAUAAGAGCUCACUCUAGCUACCCAAAGUACAUUUCCCUCUCACCUCUCUAGAGCACGAGCAAUGGAGUCGCGAGUAUUGUCACGCGCCACCACCACUCUCUCCUCUUUGCCUCACUUACGGAGGCCUAUGCGAGAGAGCAAUACUACCAGUUUCGUUUCAAUGAAACCGAUCGGAACUGUCGGUGAAGGCGGGAACCUGAUAUGGGGAAGGCAACUCCGGCCAUCUCUGCUUUUGGAAAGCUCUCCAGCAACCAAACGGGAGAAUCUCCGCCCAACAAUGGCUGCUGCUUCUUCUCCUGCUGAAGGAAGCGAUUCCUCCGGGGAUAAAGUUGCUCCGGUCGGAUUUUUUGAAAAAUAUCCGGCACUCGUUACCGGAUUCUUCUUCUUCAUGUGGUACUUCUUGAACGUGAUAUUUAACAUACUCAACAAGAAGAUCUACAAUUACUUCCCUUAUCCUUACUUUGUGUCAGUGAUCCAUUUGUUGGUUGGAGUUGUUUACUGUUUGGUUAGCUGGGCCGUUGGUCUUCCUAAGCGCGCCCCAAUUGACUCAAACCUCCUGAAGCUGUUGAUACCUGUUGCCGUGUGUCAUGCGUUAGGCCAUGUGACCAGUAAUGUUUCAUUUGCAGCAGUUGCUGUCUCCUUCACUCAUACAAUCAAAGCUCUUGAGCCCUUCUUCAAUGCUGCUGCUUCUCAAUUUAUUUUGGGACAGUCAAUACCCAUUACACUGUGGCUUUCACUUGCUCCCGUGGUUAUUGGUGUUUCCAUGGCAUCAUUGACUGAGCUCUCAUUCAAUUGGAUUGGCUUUAUCAGUGCUAUGAUUUCCAACAUCUCUUUCACUUACAGGAGUAUCUACUCGAAGAAAGCUAUGACUGAUAUGGACAGCACUAAUAUCUAUGCUUACAUUUCCAUCAUUGCUCUCUUUGUCUGUAUUCCACCUGCCAUUAUUUUCGAGGGACCUCAAUUAAUGAAGUAUGGUUUUAAUGAUGCAAUUGCUAAAGUGGGUACAACCAAGUUCAUCACAGACCUCUUCUGGGUUGGAAUGUUUUAUCACCUCUACAACCAGUUGGCUACCAACACUUUGGAGAGGGUUGCACCUCUUACACAUGCAGUCGGCAAUGUGCUGAAACGUGUGUUUGUGAUUGGCUUCUCAAUCGUUGUCUUUGGUAACAAGAUUUCAACACAAACUGGGAUCGGAACAUGCAUUGCAAUUGCUGGAGUGGCAAUGUACUCCUUCCUGAAGGCUAAGAUUGAAGAAGAGAAACGAGGAAAAACAGCAUGAGAAGGAAAGAAGCACCCGUGAAGAAAGAAGAAUUUGCAUGUAAAGAGAUAAUCUAUUGCUCCAAAGAUAAAAAUGACAAGUGGAGUAUCCUAUUGUCAUUGUGAAUUUUUUUUUUUCAUCAAUUUUCUUUCAUUCAUGUUCAGUAAAAAUAAUGUAUGUCACUUGCUAUGUCUCUCAGAACAAGCUUUAUAUCAGUUAGUGAGUUUAACAGAAAGACUCGGAAUGAAUUAUGUGAAUACUAAACUAAAUUUCCA